CCUGCUUUGCUUUGUUAUCCCGGGCUUCGUUUUGCAGCCCUCCUCGGGUUUUUCCAGCGUGUUUCUGUUUCACCAUGAAGCUUCUCCCUGAGAGAAACUGAGGGAGUUUCAGAGAGGAGGGAAACACAUGGAGGGAGGCAGGAUUUAACUCGUUAUUCUUCUUUCUCCGCGGAGUGUUUCUGACCCGAGGAUCCUCAGAAAAACAGAUUUUUAUUUCUGUUUUUCUCCCUUUAUCUUUUUCUCCUGUUUCUACUCAUCCAUCUCUUUGUACACCUCUGCCCUAUCUCUCUAUCAGCCUCCUGUACUUCUCCAUCUCCCUCUCUUCACCUCCAUUUAUCGCUAUCUUCCCCUUUAUCCCUCACCUUUCAGUCUCUACCUCUCCCCUCUGUCUGGGUCUAUCCCUCCAUCUCUCCCUCCUCCCGUCCUCCAUCAUGGCUCCAGUGUGCCGGUUCUCGUGGUUCUGCUGCCUCCUGGUUCUGCUGGUUCUCCCCGCCGCCGUCCGGAGCUCGUUCCCCCGCAGCGGAGGCAGCAGCAGCGCGGAGUGCGGCACCGGGAAGGCCGCCGACUGCCCAGAUCUGUCAGAGAAGAAGAGCGACCUGCGCGUGUGCGACGCCGGGACGUGUCGCUUUGGAGGAAGCUGCCGCGAGAACGGAGCUGACAUCAAGUGUGUCUGCCAGUUCCACUGCCAUAAAAAGUACGUCCCUGUGUGUGGGUCAAACGGAGACACGUACCAGAACGAGUGUUUCCUGAGGAGAGCCGCCUGUAAGAAGCAGAGAGCCAUCACCAUCAUGUCAGAGGGACCCUGUUACCACGACGCUGGUUCGGGAUCUGGAGACGGAGAUGAUGAAGGCUCCGGUCGCGGUAAAAAGGCCUCGAAAUGUGGAAACUGCAAGUUUGGAGCCGAGUGUGACGAAGACUCUGAGGAUACACUCUGCAUGUGUAACAUCGUGUGCAACGGCCACAACGACAACCCGGUGUGCGGCGGCGACGGUGUCACCUACGACACGCCCUGCCACGUCCGAGAGGCGUCCUGCCUCAAACAGCUCAAGAUCGACAUCAAACAUGUGGGACGUUGCCAAGACAAAAGCAGGAAGGAUGAUGGCGUCAAGACCAAACCAGACAUCUAUGCUGUGUCCAAACCUGGUGAGGGGGAGGGGUUUCUGGACAGCCCCACCCCCUGUCCUGAAGACUACGCCCACUUCUGUGAACACGGCCAGUGUGAGAUGAGACAGAACCUUCCCACCUGCAGGUGUGAGGCAGCGUAUGGGGGUGCUCAGUGUGAUGAGCUGCUGGACUUUAACAUCCUGUACGUGGUGCCCAGCGGUCAGAAGCUGCACUACGUCCUCAUUGCCGCCAUCAUCGGAGCCGUUCAGAUCGCCGUCAUCGUAGCUGUGGUCAUGUGCUUCACCAGGAGGUGCAACAAGACGAAGCGUGGACGGAGACAGAAGCAGCACCUCGGCCACUUCCCGUCAGGAACGUCCUCCAGGAUGAUGUAGCUGCUCCAGUUUCUGUCAAAUACAAGAAGUCCAAUUUUUCGUACCACACAGACAGACUGCAUUUUUGAUAUCUCGACUUUUUGGUGCCUCUUUUUUUCCCCUUUUUAAAAAAAAUAAUUUUAACUUUCUUAAGGGGCCUUAUUUUAAAGAUUUUCCUCCAUCUUUGAUUUCUCUUUCUGGCUGCACAGUUUUGUCUCUUCGCUGUCUGCAGAUGACGUUUUGUUUUCCAUCAGUCAGAGCGGAGACGUACAGUCUGGUUCGUGUUUGUCAUGAUGCUGCUGCUCUCAGACUCUGAAUCACUGUGGAUCUUUCAACAGGAAACAUUAUUUAUCUGAUUGUAUCUUCACUCUGGACCGUCCACAUACUAACUGGAAAAAUGCUGUUUCUGUUUGUUUUCACCCUGUGGGACGCAGACCGACAUUGUUUCUGUUUGUUUAGAUUUAUUUUGAAGGAAAACUAGAAAAUAUGUGUAACCUUGUUUAUGUGGCAUGUACAUUAGAUAUAUGCAAAUAUUAGCUAUUGAAUACCCAAUUCUGAGAAUUAACCCCUGCAGAACACCUAAUGUUGACAUUUAAAUACUGAAUUCAUGUGGUUUGAAUUCACUUUUUUCCAGAAACCAUAUUUGUGGCUAAAAUCUUUAUUCUGGCAUCUGUGGUAUCCUGGUUGUUCAGGUUUGAAUUUUAACCAAUUUUUUGAACAAAUUAAAAUUUUUACUCCAGAAUUUAAGCAAAUUCUUUCUUUUCUUUUUUUUCAUAUUGGACGCUAGAAUUUAUUUUGCGUUUGGUAAAUAAUUUCUCUAGGACUAGAAGUUUUACAACUUGAAAUUAGAGGAGCACAAGCCACAUAAAUUUAGAUGGUUUUCAAAGUAAAAUACUGUACUAAUACUGUUAUUCUAUAUAGUCAGUGGUAUUUAAAUUUCAAUAUUAACUAUUUAGAAGUUUUUUUGCUUCUGUAGUCACCUUUAAAUUACGGCAUAAAACUACAGAUCUGGUUAAUUUUUCUGAACUCUGAUGAGACAGUUAAAGGUUAAAGGUGGUCACUCUUGCACCAAAACAGCCUUUAGAAAUUUAACAUGCAACAAGAUGUUUGCGAGUCGUCGUUUUGGUCUUGACACCCGGGCUGCAGCAGAAAGUGUCUGAGCAGCAGCCGUGAUGAGAGCUGGUUGAUUUCUGUAACUGCUGAGGAAAGGAGCCUCAGUGCUUCCUAUCUUAUCUCCUUUAGCAUAGAGGACACUGGAGCUUCCUUUAACAAAGGGAAAGGGGAUAAUGCCAUCCCACAAUUCAUUGCUGAAGCAACAUUUAUGCACCCACAUCAGUAACAUCCUCAUGACAUUUUCCAUCAAGGUCAAGGACUUUUUUUUUUUAAUUUCGACUGCAGCCCUGGUUUUGUUUCAUACCAAUAACUCCCAUGAUGCACUGCUGCUCACGGUUAGCCUGGUUUUCUUCUGCUUUUCUUUGUCAGCAACAUGUUCUAACGCCUUAAUACUCCAGGGGCCGCUCUUUAUCGGGACUACAGGAUCAUCAGGGACCACUCGAGCCCUCGGGUGUUUGUGCUGCAGUAGACUUGUGUCUAAUGUGUUAUUUUCUUUUUUGCUGCAUCUCACAGGGUCAAAAAUAACUUUUCAUGUAACUUAGAUUAACUUUUUGUAUUUGUUAUGAUGAGACGCACCUGAAAACCAAAAUGCUGUUUUUUCUACUGCUUAAAAAAAAAAAAAGGUACAAGCUGACAUGUACAGGUUGUUGUUAUAAUUAUUUUAUUGCUUAAUUUUCAGAUGACGCCAUUCCGGAAAUGGAUUCCAAUGUUUUUUUGUGUUUUGACAAACUGCUAAUAAUUUAAAUGACUGUUUGUUUGUUUUGUUUUUUUUUGGUCGAGUUUCUUCUUUUAUAUAAUUUGUAACAAUGGUACGAAGUGUCCGUGUUGGUUGUUUUAUUGUGGUAGAAGGAGUAGAUGAAUAAGCUGGGUCGAGGUUCCCUAAAGCAUCGCUGCACUGAGAUCAGAUUUAUCUGGAACACAAACAUUGGUGGAGCUGUGGUCUCGGUCUCGUGAUGCCUGUGGGAAUCCGCUCUGAUUUUACUGUAGAUGUUGCGUACUGCAUGAAACAGUGAAGUUGUUGUUUAGACUGUGCUGUAGUUGAACUAGAAUUAAAU